AUGACGAACGGCAACACUGGUGGUGAUCAUGGCUCUCCUUCCAAGCCUACUCCGAAUCCCAACCCAAAUAGCCCACGCCAGGAGGAGAACCCACGCCGGCGCAGUGGCGGAGCAAAUGCUCCUCCUGCCAGUCCCCGACGCCGUGGAAGCCCUUCUUCUCCUCCUAAAACUAGGCCGGUUAUGGGCGUUCCUGGUGAAUCUGCUUUCGCUCCUUACACAAAGCCACGCAGUGAGCCAGGUGGAAGUGGUGGGCGCGGGGUCGAGGGGGGGCCUGGGUUACAAGGGGCUCAGGUAGUGCCGGUUGGAAGCGGUGGCUAUGGAGUUGUUGCUGCACCAGGGGCGCUGAGGAUUGGUGGGAGCCCUGCAGCGAGGAAGAGAGUUCGGGAGAGUGGCGCUGGCAGCACGACUGCGGCAGGAGGAAAUCAGCCCGGGGAGGGUGCAGGUAACGUUGUGAAUUGCAGCGUUUGCGGGAAGGGCUUCCCGUCUCAAAAGGCUUUGUUCGGGCACAUGCGAUCUCACCCUGACAGGGGGUGGAAGGGGGCACAUCCGCCCCCAACGUUCAAGGCGGAGGAGGAAUUCGCUGAUCUUCAUGGUCUGAAUCUGCCUGAAGCGGGGAGAGGUGGAGAUGCCCAAGAGGGCGCUGCUGAUGAUCAUCAGAAAGAGGAUGAGGCCGCCGAAAGUGAAGAGGAAGAGGAAGCCGGCGAUUCCGGGAAAUACCGCUUGCCAGAUUUGAACAACCCACCACCACCUGAUGCUAAUUAA